UGGGCCCCUCACACAAGAUAGAUGGGCAAAUGUGGUUAGUGAAUCACUCUGGGGCUUAGGCGGGAGAUAGGCACCUGGACACUUAGAGUGAGGCAGCAGUGCUCAUGCUCAGAGGCAGAAACAUAGGUGCCACAGGAGGUUAGGCCCCUACAGAGUAGGGGUGGGAGUUUUGUGAAUCUCAGUGGAGCCAAACCUGGGAUUUAGGUGCUUAUGAUUUAGGCACCUAAGUGUGGGGUUUAGGCAGCUGAGUAACUUGUGAAUCCUAUCCUAUGUCCCUGAGCUGUUCCAGGAGUUCUCGCUGGAUAUUCUGGUAGUCUCGGGUGACACUAUUUUAUGCAUUAAAAUAGAAAUUGAUGAGAGACCCCACAGUGGUAUGUACUGCUAAAACUGCUUCAAUUAUUCCACAGAUAUUUUGGGUCCAGUGUUCAACAGAUCUUCAUAUUGUGCUCACAGAAAACUUGCAAGUACACCCAUGUAUGUGCAUAAAACCCAAACCUGUGUUUGUGCAUGUUUGUAUUUAAUUAUGUGCCUUACUACUCAAUUUGUCUCUAUGCAUAAACCAAAAGACAAGUUGGCCUCAAGUCUUUACCAGAUUUAAUAUUCUAAUGCUAAUGCUUUUUUUCCAUUUUGUCUAUUUCAGCAGUUCCCGAAGGAAUUUCAGAAAGUAGGGAUGGCAUCAGAAGACUUAUUUCCACCGUCCCAGUCCCAGACGCCUAGACUUCAGGGCGUUAGUUUUGACUAUGACACUGAUAAUCAAAAGAAGACUCCUUUUACAAUUGUGGACUGCAAGCCAUUUCUUUACAGAGACAUUGAGUGUAGGGCCAAAAAAGAGGAUAAAAUCGCUCAACAGAAUUUGAAGGUCCAUGAAAAGAGCACAUUUUCAUCACGAGCAAAGUCUCGAGACUCUGUGAAAAAGAUGGACUCAGUCAUUGAAAGAGAGACCCGGGCUACAAUAGAUAAAGGGUAUAUUACUUCUGGUCCCAACUGGGCUCUUACUUUUGCAAAAUGUUGCCAAAGUGACAAACAGUCUUUAACAGAUUAUAUCAAGGAACAGAAGGAGUUGUUUCUGCUGCAGUACGCAGUAAAAGUGAAAAAACAAACUAUAAAGAAGCUGGAAAAAUUAGCAAUGCAAGCCGAGAAAGAGGCCAGCUCUGCUGAAGCAAAGCUAGAAGACGAUACAAUUGCGUUUGAGGAAUUUCUGAAAGAAAACGACCGAAGUUCUGCAGAUGCCCUUAAAAUGUUAGAAUCGCUAUUACAGUUAAUGUUUGUUUUAAUUUUUGAUCUACCGAAAACUGCACACCUACAUCUUUGUAAUAUUUCCAUGUUACUUUUUAGUGCAGCCCAAGAAACAAAAUCUAAAAUGGAAAUGGCAGCAGAUGUAAAGUCUGCUAUUAAUGAACUCUUCGCUAUUAAAAGUGAAAUUGCAAAUGCCGAAUUCCUUCUCAUGGAGAGUUUAUAUUAUGAAGAUUUUUUGAUGAAACUUUCUCCUAAAGAAUGGCAAGAAGAACAGAGAACAAAAAAAUUGAAAGCAAGAAUAGAUAAACAGAGAGAAAGAGAGAUCAUGCAGAGAGAAAUGAUUACAUGUGCUUUCACUCCACACCAAGAAAAAGAAAGUGCACGCAAAGAGAAGAUAAGUUCUUCAAUUCCACGCCAACCACGCCAUGGUUCUAUUUUUUUAAAGCAAAAUAGACUCUAUGCAGCAAGUACAGACAGGCGCUUCAGCUCCUUUGAGAAAAGUGCUGGACACAAUAGGAAAGCAUCAGCUCUAAGUGCGAGUUGUCACCAGAGAACGGCGGUGCAUGAUAACAAAGAAAAUGAACACAGGUCUUCUAGAAAGCUCACAGAAGCAGACAUGGGUGAAGAAGUGAAAAUGAUAAGUGAGUGCAAAUCCAUCUUGACUGAUAAAAAAAAGACAUCAUCAAGGUGGGAAAGCGAAAGUGAUUGUGCAAUUCAUGAAGAUUCCUUGAAAGACUUGGACAUGGAUAUGGUGCCAGAAAUAUAUUUCACAGAUCCAAAACAGUUACUUCAGAUCUUCACAGAGCUAGAGGAACAAAAUCUUGCAUUGAUCCAAAAUAACCAAGACUUAGAUGAAACUAUGGAUGAACUUGAGCAGAUGGCAACAAUUAUAAAGGCAAAACUAGAAGAAAAAGUAAGUAUUGUUGUAGGACAUAAAGAAAUUCUUAAAGCUGCCUGCAUCAAUGAAGAGGAAAAACGCACAGAUUUGGCACUAAGAGCUAAAAUGUUUUCUUUUGGAGAGUUUAAUCCAGAAAUCCAGUGCAAACCUGAAUUGGGAUACCUGGCUUCCAAAAUCCAUUCUGUUCACAGUCUAUUUUCAGGAAUUGAACAUAUGUAAAUAGAUGCAUAUUUGGAUAAUAAUAAUGCUGAUUCACUGACAAAAAACUUUGUUAACACUGAAUUAAAGAUGACUAUUGAUAUAUCGUACUCUUCCAGAAAGUUUAAUUCAACAAGCAAAAUUCAAACUUCUGAAAACCAGUAAAUGAAGUGUUAAAUUAGAGGCCCAUGUCACCUUAACUCUGCCUCCCGGAAGCUGGUAAUAGACACUAGGAAUUAACUGCCUGCACUCCCACUACAUUCACUGAGUUAGCUGUAUUGAAUGGUGGAGAGAUUAUCUGGAGCAGCUUGGAAGAACUGUGAUUGUGAUAAACUGCAAUCAAGAGGGUAUGCUGCUAUGAGGGUGAUCCCUUCUACCUGGCCCCCAUGUGUGUGAUCAAAGAAAAGAGGUGCAUCUCUACACUGAGAGAUCCAAUAUACCUCAUUUCAGCACUGUGUUGUGUAGGUUGUGUCACUAGUGGGACACAGGGAUCUUCAUGCCAUGGGACUUGUCAAUAGUUAGGGUGGUUUGAUGAUGGGUAAGUGAAAGUACAGUGUUAGAGGGCAUCAUGUGCAUAAGGGUUUCCACACGAGCCAGCCCCUGCUCCAGCCAGCAUCUGCUCCUGCCUCAGCCGGCCACCCAGUGACUCUGACAAAGAGCAUGAGAUACUACCAGGAAAUCUUAAUUCUGUGUGUUCACAAAGUUUUGUCAGUGAAUUUCCUAGUUUUCUUUUAUUAACAGAAAGAAAGAAAGGUUUGUUGUAGGAGUUAGUGAGGAUUUAGGCAGUUGUAGUUCUUGCUUAGGUUUGUGGGUGAUACGCUGUUGCAGUUAGGUAAUAACAAAAAGAAUUAGCCAUUACAUAGUAUUUUUUAAUCAGUAGAUCUCAAAGUACUUUCCAUCAUUCUCCCCAUUUUACAGCUAGGAAACUGAGGCACAGAGAGGUGAAGCGACUGGCCCAAAGUCACCCAGCUGGUGGAUUUUAGCUGUCCCUAACCCCACUGUCUUCCCUCACCUGAGGCUACUCUAUCCCCCAAAUCCUCCCCUUUCCCUUAGUGCAACUCCAGAACCUCUCCCUGCCACUGUUCUCCCUCAGCAAGCAUUCUCAUGUUUCAUUACAUUGCCCCAAAAUAACACACACCCCUGACAAAGCUAGGUCAGAAGGCAUAGUGCUAAAUUCUUUCUUAAAUUUCUGCCCAAAAUUGGACUCAAAUUGACACUGGUUGGAAGUCAGGUUUAAUGGCUGCUGCAUAGCCCAUUGAGCUAUCCACCUUCAGUGAAAACACACAAGCUAGAAACUCUGUUGGUUAUUAUGUUCAUACAUGCGCCAAGUAAUCCAUUUAAUGCCUGCACAUUAGGCAUGCGUCUAACUUGAAAUCUUAACUAUCUUGACACUACCGUUUUCAAUUUUGCUAACAAAGGUUAAUGGAUGCAACGUACCAGCUGACAUAAAUGUCCAGUGAUUAAGAUCAUUUUGACCAGGCUCAGAGCCAUGGCUUAAUCUCUCCAACUGGGGAAAAAAAAAAAGUUGGUAAAAUAUGUCAACCUUAAGAAAAGCUGUUGGGUUUUUUUGUGGGGGAGGGUACUGUGUCUCAGGAAUCCUUUGGUCCAAUGACCCUAAAUUUGGAUCACUAACCCAUGCCCCCAUAAGACACACCAUAUUUCAAGGAAAUCUGAGUAACUGCGGAUUUUAGAGGACUUAGACAAGUCCGCCUUUAAACAGAAAACUGGUCCGAACCUUAACUGUAGCAGAACUAGUAUUCCGCUCUGACACUGUCACAGCUUAUUUCUUGUGAAAGAAACCCGCUUCUUGGUUCCAAGGCCAUGUCUACACCAGAAAAAAAAACCCAGCUGUUUGUAAUAAGGUAGAUUUCACAUGAUAGAUAACACGUUAUAAAAUCCUAGUGUAAACAGGAUAAAUUGUAGUUUACCUCAGUAUAGCUGCUGCAGGUGAUCCCAGGGCUGCCCCUUUGGGGCCACGGUUCAGCUGGGGACUUAAACACGUGCCCAGCUGUAAGCAUGUGAGAAGUCCUAUUGAUACACACGUAUGCAUGUACAUAAGUACUUUGCUGAAUUAGAGCCAUAGCUCAGGAAAGGGUGAGGUAUUUAUCACCAAAACACUAAGGUGGAAUUUCUUUGGAUUCCAUGGCUGCGUAUUUGUUGUUUUUCAUAAGGUUAAAAUGCUUCUGUUUUUUCACCAUUCACAUAACACAAAAGUCAUCUGCUUAUUGAUGUGAUCACAUCUGACUAUCAGAUUGAUAGUAAAUACACGUGUCUAUUGUCUGCUGCUUUCAAGGCAUUUACAGAAAUGCUAUUAUAUUCAAAUAUCACUCGUGCAAUAUUUUAUAGGCUCGUACAGAUUUCUUUUUGUUUAAUCUAAGGACAAAAUGCUACAUUCACUUACUAAAAAGGUUGCAGAAGUGUACAGAGUUAGUGUUGGAGAAGUAGACACAUCAAGCAUUAAUUCCAUUCAGAUGUUGAGGAGAAUAGAGAAUCGAAUUGAAGAAUUGUGUGAAUUGUUGGAGUCAGUUCCAAAAGAAAAUAUUGAAGCAAUUGAGAAAAUUAAGAUGAAAGAAAGAAGGCAAAGGUAAAGUGAA